GUUGUGUGUCCGAGGUUAGAAGCAGUAAUGGUCAACUCAAAUCUAAUAGGAAAUCAGCCUGUUAUAUACAGUUCCUUUCAGGUGCAACCAAGAAUUGUUUCCUCGACAAGAAUUCUGUGCCGUUACCCUCCAAAUAACACUGACAAUACCAAUAGCAACCCUGCAUCUAUCACAAACCAAAACUAUAGUAAUUUAAAUAUACCAACUUCUAACACUACUAAUGCUAAUGCAACUGAAUCAACGGUUGAUGAUUGGCGCGAUGAUAUUGAAAGGGCAAAGUUGAAAAUAAGAAAUUCAAUCAAAAGAAAAUCAGAAGGGAUUGCUAAUUUACAAAAACGAUUAAGAAUACUUGAACAAAUGUAA